AUGGGCCUAUAUAAAAGAAAUUGGCCUUUAAGUGACAUGGAAAAAGCAAAGAUUUUGUAUGCACUUUUAAAGGCCACUGGUGAACCAUAUUAUGGACUUUUGACAGGAAUAGUUUUUAAAGAUCUUGGAAUUUAUGAUCCGGGAAAGAAUUCUGCGGAUGGUAAUGAGUAUUAUGAUGAUCUUGUUGAUAAAUACUUUAAACCACAAACAGUUUUUAUCGAAAGUGAUUCAGCUACUACUCUGGUCGAUUCUACGGUAAAAACCAAGGCACAAACUAUUGAAAGCACUCAAUCUAACUCUGGUAGCGAUACUUUCUUAAGUCCAGAGUCUGAUCAAGUAGGUGAUAGUCAAAUUUCUGAGCUUUUAUCUUCAGUCAUUGAAAUGAUCGCUCUUCGAGAUAAAAAAUUCUCACAUGUUCCUAAACUUUCCAAUGAAAUGAAUUACGCUUCUGACGAAUGGACUAGGGAGCCUAAACUUAGAUAUCUUUGUCGAGAACUUAUAUCAUAUGUUAAGAUGAAUGAAGGGUCAUCAGGUGGAAUUAGCAUAUUAGAUAUACUUGCCGUAUAUUUUCAGUCUCAUAGUGAUGCUUCAUUUGAACAGGCCAUGCGUUUUGUUACCGAUCUUUCAAUUCAGCAAAAUUGGGAUCCUGAAUUUUAUCAAUCAUUUUUUUCCAAGAUCAAGAAGAUUUGCUAUUUAACUUUUAAAACUGGAAAAGUUAAUCAAAAUUCUGAGCCUAUGAUUGCUUACACAACGUAUAGAGAUAAAGCCAAAAUAGCUGGAAUUAAGUCUAAAAAGAGCAGUGCAUUACGAGGAUUCCCAAUGGGAAAUCCUCAAGAAAAUCUUAGAGAACUUUUUCCCAAAGCUGAAUUUAUUGAAAGCGAUGGUGUGAAGAUGUUACGCCGUGGUGACUGGUCUACAGGGGCUGAAGUUGUUUAUUUUUGCAGCAAUAGAUGCAUGGCAUUUACGGGAUCUAGCAGCGAUUUGGCAGAAUGCGCUCAGUGUGGAAAGGCUCGUGAUCCGAUGUAUAGAUAUUUUUACUUCUCACCUCGUGAAAAAGUCAGAGAUUUUUUUGGAAAUAGAGGCUUGUCUAGACUCAUGAAAGAUUCCCACAAGCGACAAAGCAAUGAGGAAGGAGUAGAAGAUUUUUUUGAUGGCCAACUUUAUAAGCUUCUUUCAAAGAGAUGCAUUCAAAACGCUCAAUUAGGUGAAGAUUAUCAGCAAAAAAAUAUCUCUGAAAUAUUUCGAAAGUUCGUGGGAUUUAGUCUUUUUAAUAUCAUUUGA